AUGUCGAUAGUGCUCCGUUUCCUUCCCCCACGUCGCCGCAACUACGUCAUUCACAGCGCCCCCAACCCACCGUGCUGCCUCGUCAGCCAUCAUCACCGUCCACCGCUCGAUCGCUCAGCCGCCCGUAUCCCUACUCACAUGCCCAAACCACUCCUGCGGAUUCCGUAUACGGAUAUCCUCGCAGCUCCGACCGUCGCGCCCCCAUCGGCCGUCUCCAUCCCCGGCGCUGUCGCCGCCCUCCGCCGCUUCUUUGCCGCACCGCUCCCGCCUCCCCUCGACGCCGCCCGCGUCCCUGAAAAGACGCUCGUCCUCACCGGUGCCGGCCUCUCUGUUGCCUCCGGCUUGCCCGACUAUCGCGGCGUCAAUGGCACUUACCGCGUCAACAAGACCUACCGCCCCAUCUUCCAUCACGAGUUUCUUGCCAGCCACGAGGCCCGCAAGCGCUACUGGGCCCGCAGCUUCCUCGGCUGGUCGACCACCCACAACGCCGCCCCCAACGCCGCCCACUAUGCCGUCCGCGACAUGGGCGCCCUCGGCCUGUUGAGCGCUGUCAUCACCCAAAACGUCGACUCCUUUCAUCCCAAAGCGCACCCGCAAAUACCGACCGUCGAGCUCCACGGCUACCUCCGCACCGUUGUCUGCACCAGCUGCAAGUCGGAGCUCGACCGCAAUGCCUUUCAAAAGGAGCUGGCCCGCCUGAAUCCGCGCUGGAAGGCUUUUCUCGACGAGGCACUAAAGACGGGCGCGCUCAGUUCAGAGGAUCCGGCCCAGCGUCGUCGUCGCGGCAUCAAGGCCAACCCCGACGGUGACGUCGACCUGCCUGAAGCGCCAUACACCACCUUUCGAUACCCGCCUUGCCCCAAGUGCCUGGAGAAGCCACAGGUCGGCAGCGACUCGCACCGCCAGAUUGUCGAGACGGACAAGGACGGCGCGUGGGCGGCACCGAGCACCGGCGGCAUUCUCAAGCCCAAUGUCGUCAUGUUUGGCGAGAGCAUCGCCGCCUCCGUCAAGAAUGCCGCCGAGGACGCUGUCAAUGCUUCGGGUAGACUGCUCGUCAUGGGCACCUCGCUUGCGACGUACUCAGCGUGGCGCCUGGUCAAGCAGGCCAAGGCGCGCGGCAUGCCCAUUGCCAUUAUCAACGCCGGCGGCGUUCGCGGCGAGGAUCAGUUCUUUGCGGACCUCGACCCCAGCCAGCAAGGAGAGCUGGGCGUGCGCACUGAGUUGAUGACAGAUGAGCUCUUGCCUGUUCUCAUGGAGGAGUUGCGUAAAGAUGCCGCUCAUCAUCACCAUGAGGCUGCCCCAUAUGUACUAAGACAAAACUCCAGUGUAUUCAAAGAUAUGCUCUCAUGA